AUGAUGGGCAAGCGGCCGAACAGCGCAAACGGAGCGGGAAGCAGCAGCGGCAGCACUGCUGUUCGAGUGGCAGACGACAUUCGCAUCAUCAGCCCAGUGCUUGCCUCCGCGUUGGCGCAAGCGCUCUUAACGCACGUCCUCACGAUUGACUCUACGCUUGCAGCAGAUCACCUACUUCUUUGUGCUAAGGUCGUCGGACGCGUGUGUGCUCUAUGUGGCGGAUGUGGUUGGGGCGAUGCUGGUGGAGUACUAGCUUUGGCUCGACGCGCAGUUACGCUCCCUCCCUGGCCAAGACAUGCUCUUACUGCGCUGUUACAGGACCUUGUCGAGUACGAAAGUGGAGAACCUCUAGCAAGGGCGACCAGUGAGGAGUGGCUGGGGCCCAGCUCGUCACGCCCUAAAAACAAACUAACCGUGGAGCCCAACUUCGGAAAGGCGCCGAUAAAAGAACUUAAUUACUACAUGGAGUACCAGUUGACUCAACUAAUUGAAUCUGAUGACUCGGAGCCUGAUGAGAAAUUAGACCAGUACCUGUUCAACAGUGCCAAGAAGGAAGCAAGAAAUAAACAGACAGUUGACUUAAAUACUAGUAGUCUGUCAUCGUGUGUCGACGCGCGCUUAGAAAGCGGGCCAGCUGCGGCGGCCGAAGUGUCCGCGCGGCGGGUGCUUGCAGCCACGGCAUUGGCGCUCCCGGCUGCCCUACGUGCUCCGCCUCACCGCCCAAAUCCUUCCCCGUUUGCCCCUACAUCCCCACAGUCACCAUUAUCGCCCGGAUCACCCGGUUCACCGGCAUCCCCCGCCUCCCCACCUAACAGGCAUAACCCGCCGCUUGCUCAUACGCUCUACGACGUGUUCAGACAUCUUGCGUUGGAAUUUAAAAAUCAGGUUGACUGUACGUUUAUGGAGAACGUAGUGUCACUGUGGUUGACGUUAAAUGGCUCUUCGUGGGGCAACAACGGAGGUGGGGCGUGGUCGCUGGCAGCAUUGACGGUGCCCGCGGACGCGCCUCGCAUCCGUCUGGCAUCCGAUACUGUCACGGCACUCCUUGCCUCCCUAACUGAAUUAGAAAACAUAUCGUUACGUUGCUGGGUGCUGUCUAUGCAGGCACUUGCCUGGGUCGCAAGUCUACCAUUACAGACCGAAGGCAGCACGCAAACAAUGGGCCGAGUUAUACUCGAAUGUGAAUAUUUUGUCCCAGCGCUAGUCAAGUUCGUUUCCAUUGACAUCGCUGCAGAUGGCGCUGUUGUGUCGUCGGAACCAUAUUUGGGCGGCAGCACGUUCGGCGCCGGCGCAGGUGCCGCGGCAGCGCUUCAAGCCGUUAUCUCUCGCGUAGUGGUGCCUCGAGGCGCCGCUGGGGCCCUGUGCACUUUGCGGGCGUUGGCGGCAUUGUGGCGCACGCCCCACACACACAAUGCGCUUGACCUGCACGCUGCCCUACUCAGGGCUGCGCAUUCGCUAUUGCCCGCCUUGGCGCCGAAGCAUAAGCGUCACGCGUUACCGCUAAUCGAAGCCAUCGCCGAUCAAUGCAGCUCAUGGGUAUGGUGGGGUGGUGCUUGGCGGUCUGAAGGCGGUUCUUCAAGCGCGACGGGAUCUAGCGCUUGGAGCGAUACACGUGCUGGCUCAAGCAGCACUGGCGGAGGUUUGCUGGCAGACGUCUUGGCGGGCGCAGGGGCUGCUAGGCGUCCGCCUCACCGACGUGCUGUUUUGGCUUCGUUAUUAUUGUACUGUCGCAAGUUGCUGGCUCUACCGUUGCCGCCACAUCGACGUGCCGAGCGCGCUGAUGAGUCCGUUCCAAGUCCCGAAAGUGUGACGAGCGGUAGUAGUGGGGACAGCGUAUCAGGCAGUGAGGAAUGUCAGACCGACGAGAGCAAGCAGCAACAGCAGCAGCAAAGCGGGCAGGACGACACAAAUGUCGAGGAUGAAAGGAAACACAUUCCAAGACCACCGUGUCUCGCUGAUAAAGUACUAAAACACCCCACGAUUAUGGAAAAAUUCUACAAAACGCUGUCUAUGUGCGACGGAAUGACCACCAUGGUAUUGAAUUCAAGUGGUAAUGUGGAAAGCAGUUCAGAGCAAUGUUCACUGAAGGAGGAGAUUUUCUGGCUGGUUGCGCAUAUACCCGCCGUGGCAUCCGAUCCUUCGCUUAUGUUGUCAUCUCUUAUUGACUACCUCUCAAAAGACGAGGUGGUGAACUUAUCCCAGGCGAUGCAGCAGUUGCUUCAACGAUUAUUAGACAAACCGGAACUGCUGGCAGCUUUCAUAGACGCCGGCGGCAUGGAGCUGGCUGUGAAGAAACUGAACGCAUGUCACCAGGCUGGCCCAAAUAACAGCCAAGGCUUGGUGUCGUCUUUGAUGAACCACUUGAAGCUUCCACCACAGCUGAUCAAUCUCUCCACGCCGGCAUCGUCGAGCAGCAAAAAAUCGCAACCGCCUGUCAUGGAGGCUACAGAUGGACUUAUUAAUAUCGCACCUUUCUGUACAGUUACGUGCGGCAAUCCUACGGCCCAAGCGGCUGACGUGCUGCUGGGAGGCGGGGCGGAGGGGUCUCGUGGGACCGGCCCAGGAGGUUGUGCGGCGCGUCGCGUCCGUGCUGCUACUUGGUCUUAUCAUUUCUUCAGUGCUGAUGAUGCGUCACUGGCACUUUCGCUACACCUGCCCUAUGCAGCACGGUUACAUGAAGUGCAUUUGCAACCCCAUCUCACUAGUUUGGCAACUUGCCCCGGCGCGGUUGGAGUUGAAGCUGGCUGCGGGGGCACUUUGGCUCCGCUGGGACCGCCACAAAGCACUGCCGGCAUGACGUUUAUCCGGUUGGUGCUUGCUCGACCUGUGGUCUGCACCACCGUGCAACUGAGGCUGUAUCGUCCCCGCGACUCUUCAAAUAUGGGCCUGCUGCAACUUCGACUCUUGGCCGCUCCACCCUUUGCCCCACAACCACCACUACCCACGCUACCGCCCUCUCAAGAUUUACAUAACACGACGUACGCUCAUGAUACGAGCGGAAACAACUGGACAAGCGUCGUCUGCGCAUGUGUACGCGGCCAUGGUUCGAUAAGUGCCGGUAUCACCAGUGCAGUGCGGUCGCUGUGCGGCUCACUAUUGGCUGGCGGACCAGCGGCACAUCACGCCCACCUCGCGCUCCUGUCUGCCGCCCGGACUCAACCCGUUUUACGGGAACCGCUAAUGAACCAUCUCUUGGACUUGGAUGCGCAUGCCCAUGCUUACGCAUUCCAAUCUGCACGUGCAGGCGUGAGUUCGAACAGCAUGAGUGGUGUUUGUGGCUUGAUUCAAGCGUUAUGUCGCACCUGUGCGGCUGGCACCAUACAAGCUUUCUUACGUUGGGUGCAGCGCGCUGCUGAGCUGGCUCUGCGCACUCGCGCUGCGCCUUCUGCUGCUUUAUUACAUACACUUGCUGCAGUAUUAUGGAGUACUAAAGAAGAGAAUUUACUCGAUAACAUAGAGGAACUUAUAACGGAUGACAUUUUCGAAUUGAUAUGUACAUGGGUUAAGGAUGUCAAUGAAGUUAGCCUACUUAAAAAAUCUCUGGAUGCAGUCAUGUGCUCUAUAUGCUACCUACGGCCGGAACUCUUCAAAAUGCUUCUCGAACGCAUGGAGAUACCAAUGGACACUGAUGAGAGUAUGGAAGGACUAACGGACGAUACAAAAGUCCGUCGUCCGAUGCAGGCCUCUAUAUCCGGAGAGAGCGGCAUCUGGGUGGGCAGCGGUUGGGCGGGCACCGCCGCGGCGCGUCGCUUGAGACACCGCCAGUUGACUAGUAUAGCUGCUGCCGCUAUGUCCCCGGCGUGUACGCUGACUCUUCUGCAUUCACAGCUCCCGCUUGCUCUUAUGCAAGCUGUCGCUGAUUUCUGUGAAGCGAAAUUGGAUCAAAUUGUUUCUCAAAGUGAUUCGCAAGAAGACAUUCACAUGACAGAUUUGGGUGACAGAGAUUUGAAAGGAGGGUUAUCAAUGGAGACGGUAUGCGAUAUAAUAGAAUGGGCCCGGCUGGUUUGUGCAGAGCGACGUUUCAAAGACUGGCUAGGUUGUGCAGGCUCCGGGUUUUGGAGUCCGCUGCUAAAACUUUUGUGUCAUCCCAGGCCGACAGAAAGUUCAUGGCGCGAAAUGACGCAGUUCGCACGUCUCGAAGAGCACACGAUACGCCUUUUCUCCGAGCUGACAGUCUGCCACGCCCACAAUCAGAAAUUGUUUGCUUCAACACUACGUAAUAUAUUGGACUCAAUGCACUGCACAGGUCCAGAAGGUAUAUCCGGUUUCACACGAUCCUUAAUCGUCCGACUGGUGCUAUCGGGUGAACGAGCCACAGUUGCGCUGCGAUGGGCCAGUGGUGGUACUCCUCCCGCCACCCUACCUCAAGCACCCGCCCCGCCGGCGCCCUGUCAUCCUGCUGCGCGAGCUCACGCGUUACUGAAUCUACCGUUGCAUACGACAGUUAAGACACUUCUUGCAGAUCAUCGACCGCCCUUGCCUUUGAUGGAAGAGGGCAGCAAGAGUUCUCAUGGACCGAGCAGUUCUGGAGCGGCUGUACUUCGGAGCGCGUCUGACCCGGCCAUCAUGACUGUAGCGGAGGCAUGGGAACUGUCCCUAGCGGCUGCGAGUGCUUCCAAGGAUAAAAGAGUGAAGGACGUCAAGAAUACCACGCUUAAACAACAGACUACUAAAAAGCGACAAAACAAACCUAGCGUCGAUCCGCUAGGCCUCGCUGUUACAGAAGAAUUGUUAGAAUCGUCGAUCCGCGUGCAAGCGCAUGGAAUAGAAGGCUAUAUUCCAGGAAGUACCACACUUGCGCAGUUGUGCGCCGCCGUGCCGCACGAGUUCGGGCCACAUAUCACGCUGACUUUACAUCUGAAUACUACAGGAGAAUCAUCAUCAGGCCCAAUGUGGGACGGCGGAGGGACGAACAUACCAGAAUCUAGUGGGUCUAGUAGCAACAGCAGCAAUAAUGGUAGCGGUGGUGCAGUGCUUCGCGAGUUCGGUGCUUGCGGCGGCCUAGCGUUGGUCGCAGCGAGAUUGCCGCGCCCACAUGCUGCGCCUGCGCCGCCCCCAACCACGCAUCAUCACACACAUGACCUAGACUGGGUGAAAUUGGAUGAUCCAUAUGAGGAGGUUGUGGACUUGGGCCUAACAUCAGCGUGCAACGCGAACGGCGGGAACGGUUCGUCGGAAGAGAGCAGCGCGUGCGCCGGAGUGCCGUCGCAUGCGCUCGUCGCUCUCGCUUUACUCCUUAAGCUUCGUGGAUAUGCGCACGCGUUGCUUGAAGAGGGGUCGAGGGCUGUACAUUUAUUACGGUUAUUACUGGGUGUUGCACAUGACGAGGACGGACGUAGCAUAGCGGUGAGUGGCAGCAGUAGCAGCGGUGGUACUUGGUCGCUCGGCACGUUGCCAUUCCGCGUAGUCGCCAGAUUGCUGGAGGAGAGCGGCCGCGGCACGGAGGGACGUGCUCUAAGAGACACUCUGCUGAACCUUGGCGCUGUGCGGCUGGUUCUCGCCUGUCUCGCUGUGUUCACGCAUCAUAGACCAGCUUCUAGUAUGAACCAAUCGUCAAACGGCACAGGCAAAGAGGACAAAGCGCAACUUUACUGGGCGAAGGGCACAGGCUUUGGAACUGGGUCGACGCAGCAGACGUGGGACGUGGAACAAGCUUUAGUUAGACAGAGGAUAGAGGAGGAACACGUCACUGUACUGCUGCAGGUGUUAGCAUCGUAUAUGAAUCCAGGAGAGAAAUGGCCCCCAGAAGAAGGUUCACAAGAAGCUCAGGAAUUAGAGGAGACGGAAGAAGGCGAUACGCAGCACCUUCCUCAGGAAUUUAUUGAUCUUGUCGCCAAUAGCUCACUUCUACCAGCAAUUUGCUCGUAUCUUAGGAAUGACUCAGUACUUGACAUGUCGCGACACAUACCGCUGUACGUAUGCGUGCUGCGCGUGGCGCGUUCGCUUGCGUCUCUCCGGUGUCGGCGGCUGGCCCGUUCGCUGAGGCCCCUGCCUGCAUUGCUGCACAGCAUGAGCCGAACGACUAACUCUUAUGCUACUAAAUUAAGGAUGAGUAAAAAGAAUAUAUUCGGAAAAAUGACGUAUAGCCAAAGGUUUAGCACAUCGAGUAAUUCAGAACUAUCGGAAGAGGACGAAGGGCUCGCCUCGCUCAUUGCAGAUAUUCAGGCGACAUCUGCACUUAUGUGUCGGUCUGAGAGCGAGACGGAGAAUGUGGGCGUGGCGCGGUCUAUGCGCGAGGGCAGCAGGGAGGCACGUUAUAUAGAACUUAUGCGCACUAUGCAAUUUGAGACAUUUGAGAUGAUAGCAGAAGAGCCGGACGGCGGGUUCCGUUUCACUGUUCCAUAUCACUUUGAGGCGACGGUACGCGCCGCGGGCGAGCGGACGCAUCCGGCGCGGAUGAAGCGACUGGCUCAGGAGGCUGCCACGCUAGCCACUAGCCUACCGCUCUCCUACUCUUCGUCAGUCUUCGUGCGAACUGACACAGAUAGAUUAGACGUCAUGAAGGUUCUCAUAACGGGACCGUCCGACACGCCGUACGCGAACGGCUGUUUCGUUUUGGACGUGUACUUCCCAGCGGAGUACCCAGCUGUACCGAUGCUAAUAAACUUGGAGACGACCGGGCGACACUCUGUACGGUUCAACCCCAAUUUGUACAAUGACGGCAAAGUGUGCCUCUCCGUACUCAACACAUGGCAUGGUCGUCCCGAGGAGAAGUGGAACGCGCACACAUCUAGUUUUCUACAAGUUCUAGUUUCAAUUCAGUCGCUGAUCUUAGUCCCGGAGCCAUAUUUCAACGAACCGGGAUACGAGCGAAGCCGCGGCACGAGCGUCGGCAAUAGCGCCUCGCUCGAGUACAACUCCAACAUUUACCAAGCGUGCGUGCGGUGGGCGAUGCUUGACCACCUGCGUUCGCCGGAUCCCUGCUUCAAAGAGGUAAUACAAACACAUUUCUGGAUAAAGCGCAAUGAAAUAAUGCAGACGGUUGCCAACUGGAUCACGGAGCUGGAAGGACAGACCGGGGACGAACGGACGCAGAGGACAAUACACCUUAAUCUUAUGGCCCUUAAGCGUCACUAUGUGAAGUUGCAAGAGGAGUUGGCGAAAUUGCCGGUCCCUGCUGGACUCGAGGACCUCGAUGAACCGUUCCAGCUACCUGCCGCCCCCGCGCCCGCUUCCGCUACGCCCGCUCCGCCCUCGGACAUGGCUCAAGCUGAUAUCGAUCACGACAUGGAAAAGAUCGUCUCGCAGGUCCUGGAUUGA